CCGGCGUUUGGCGUUACUUCUCAGCUAAAAAUGGAGUUGAAAAGAGUCAAUUCACUUCAGCAGGUGGACCUAAACGAAAUCAGUGAGGAUUUUAUAGACCCUGGAAUGGAUUUAGAAGCUGCACUGAAGGAAUCCUCCGCUGCACUGGAUCUUUUUCUAAACAACAGGUUUUCUGAUGCUUUGGCUCUGUUAAAACCCAGGAAGAAUCAGAGCAUGUACCACGCCAUGGGCUACACCAGCAUCUUGGUGAUGCAGGCAGGCAUGACCUUCGACCCAAAGGACAUGAAUAAUGCCAUGGCAUCUCUGAGGGAAUCCCUGGAGACAUGCCAAAAAUUUCGGAAGAAAACUGGAAUAGUGGAGGCUUUAACCAGCCUCUUGUACAGACAACCAGCUGACAACCUGACAGAAGAGGAGAUGCAUGCAGAGCUGUGCUAUGCCGAAGUUCUGCUGCAGAAAGCUGCCCUCACAUUCCUGGAUGAGAGUAUAAUCGGAUUCAUCAAAGGAGGGAUGAGAAUCCGAAACAGUUAUCAGAUAUACAAGGAUUGCCAAGCCAUGGCCAGUGCCACAAAAGACAUGGAAAAUCAGAGUAGCACCCACAUUCAUUUCAGAGGUGGUGUGAACAUGGGCAUAGGAUCCUUUAAUCUGAUGCUGUCUCUGCUCCCAUCCAAAGUCCUCAGACUGAUGGAGUUUUUGGGUUUCUCUGGAGACAGGGAAUUGGGUUUGUCAGAGUUGAGAGAGGGAGCAGCCGGCGACAGUCUGCGCUCCAUCCUCAGCACCCUGACUCUGCUGAUGUUUCAUCUCUACAUCACAGUGAUUCUGGGCACUGGUGAAGGAAACCUUACUGAGGCUGAAUCUCUUCUGGAGCCCUACAUUGACAGGUUUCCGAAUGGAGCGCUCAUUCUCUUCUACACUGGGAGAAUUGCUUUGCUGAAAGGAAACUUCGCAUUUGCCCAGGAGAAGUACCUGGCAUGCAUCGGAGCACAGCAGGAGUGGCGUCAGAUUCACCACCUUUGCUACUGGGAGCUGAUGUGGGCCUACACCUUUGAACAAAAAUGGAGGGAGGCAUAUCGAUAUGCUGACCUGCUCUGCAAAGAGAGCAAGUGGUCCCAGGCCGUCUAUACCUUCCAGAAAGCGGCCAUCUUGAGCAUGAUGCCAGAGGAGGAAGUGACUGGACUGGGAGAAAAUGUGGUGGACUUAUUCAGGCAGGUGGAUGGUCUCAGACUGAGGAUUGCUGGGAAGUCGAUUCCAACAGAGAAGUUUGCUGCAAACAAGGCGCAGCGGUACUUUUCUUCUGACCCACAGAAACUAGUUGUGCCUGCUUUGGAAAUGAUGUACGUAUGGAAUGGAUUCACAGUAGUUGGCAAAAGACCUGAGUUGACUAAAAGCAUCUUGACCGUCUUGGAGAAAGCAGAGGAGCAGCUCAGAGAUGAUCCUAACCCAUCAGUGUAUCACCUGGAUGACCAGUGUGUUGUGCAGCUGCUGAAGGGUCUCUGUCUCAGAGAGCUCGAGCAUCUGGUCCAGGCCGAGCUCUGCUUCAAUCAAGUCAUUUCAAGUAAAGACAACAUCAAGCAUGACAACUACCUGGUACCAUUUACCAUGUAUGAGCUGGGCCUGUUGCACAAGCAGAAAGGUGACACCAACACAGCCAUCAAUUUGAUGGAAGACAUCAAAAUGAACUACAAAGACUACCACAUGGAGUCCAGGCUACACUUCCGCAUCCAUGCAGCGCUCAACACCAUGGGAUCUUUUGCAGCCAAACUUCCCCCUUCACGUACUCCGGCUUAAGAGACCACAUGACGGGAAGCUUGACAAUGGCGAAAGAAAAAAAUUAAAGAAAACAAAGUCUCUGUUUAAACUCUGAGACUGCACUGGAAAAUGAUCCAGAUGGGCUUCUUGCUGUUGCCCCCAUGAUGAGGGCAUGCAUCCAAACUCGCAGUUGCAACCCUGGGUAGUAUGGUAAUAUUUUUGUAAUUAUUUGUAGUGCUUCUAGAGCAGGAACAGUUAAGCGGACUCUGUAAUCGACUUGCAUAAAUGACUUGAAGAUUACUAUUAUUUCUAUUGAAUGACGCUAUACCAUGUCAGAAUGAAGGUUGAAGAAUGCUAUAGAAUGACACAUUUAGAUGUAUUGGGCAUGAAGAAAACUGCUGUGUUUAAAUGGAUUUAAAAAAUGUUGCUCUUAGAAAACUCCGGUAUUUAAUGUCCAGUUUGAGAUUUGUCUGUUUUUUAUUUUUCAUGUGUCAAUAUUUUAAGGAUGUUUGUUUUUAAAUGCUAUACGCUCGGGUACAGUGCAGCCAUGUUCUACAGAAAACACUUUUCCUUGUAAAUAACUUUGCUAAAUAAAGCUUAUGAAUCAAAUUAUGUCCUGUAAUGGAGACAAAAAAGAAGGCGAAUGCCAGGUGUUGAUUUCCUCACUGAACUCCAAAUACAAAAUGAAGCCUUUACUAGAAAGGAGCAAUAUUAAUAACGUCUGAAAAUAUCAAUUUUUGGUUGUAUGGUAAAAAUGGUGGACUGUAGAAUAUACCUAGGUGUAUAUGAUGAAACAAUAAAUCGAUUAAACGUG